AAUGUGCACCUAAUAACUCCAAGGUUAUGGGCCAGGAUGUAGAGACUCCACCUUUCAUCAUACUCCCCACUUGUUUCGAUGAAUGCAGCUCCAACAACACUGAAGAAGCUUAACACCAUCCUGGUCGAAGCAGCCCACAUGAUCAUCCCAUACACUACCGUAUACGUGCACUACCACCACUACCAGUGCACACUGGCAGCAGUGUGUACCAUCUAUAUGGUGCAUUGCAGCAAAUCGCCAAGCCUCCUUCAACAGCAUCUCCCACACCCAUGACCUCAACCACCUAGAACAACAAGGACAGCAGAACAACAUUGGAGCACCACCAUCUUCCAGUUCUCUUCCAAGCCACACACCGUCCUGACUUGGAACAAUAUUGCCAUUCUUUCACUGUGGCCGGGUCAAAUACCUGGCCUCCCUUACAGCACCAUGGGUAUAUCUACACCAUGUGGAUUUCAGCUAUUCAAAGCUUCACCAAUCGGCUUGGACGUUAAUAACUUUUGGGAUGAUGCAGACAUGGACCAGAGUGUCGUGGAGAAACUGAGAACGGAAUGGAGACCUUACAGUAAGCAGGGUAUAAAUUAUGUGAAGUCUGAAUUGAAUUUAAGUUGGAAUAGAGUUAAAGAGAGCAUUGCUGGAAGAUACUCUUCAUACAAGAAUUAUCCAGCCUCCUGUCGCGUUGUAGAUGAGGAGUGACGACAAAAAGCACCUUUCAGGAGAGUGAAGGGAAGAGGAGAGAGGUGAAGAAGAACACAGUUGCUGCACUCUGAAGCCACAGUCUGGACUGGAUUGGAUAUAGCUUUACUAGGUGGUGGUUACUGCCCCUGGGUCCUCUUUUUGCCUGCUUUUCCAGGUGCUGCUCACGGGCUCCCAGUUCUCUUUUCAUCCUCUCACUUGGUCUUCAGUCCCUAAAAUUUCAACGGACAAAGCUGGAGGGAGGAGGAAUGAAACUGCAAAAUUGCCAAAGAAAAUUGGAGUCAGGAAUGAGUGAGCAACGUUUUCCAGGCUUCCAUGCCCAAGACGUUUAAAUAGCUGAAACUGAACAGAAGUCAAAGUCAACAUUGCAUACAAGCAAGCAAAGAAGAAAGGAACUAGCAACAGCUUUGUGAGCUGGAGCAGCGGUAUUCACCAUAUGACCCUUGGGCUGCUUGUCUUUCCUGUGGCCCACUCAACGAGGGAAGCAGCGAGUGGGAGAGUCAGCAAGCAGGAGGUUACUGAGAAAUAAAAUGGCAGCUGGAAAAUAUUUGUGGAAAGCAUGAGAAAGUUUUGUGGACCCAGUAACCAGAGUGUGCAACACAGGGGCUAUAUUGCAAAGUUUCAAGCCUUAUCGUCCUUUUCUCCUGUAGCCCUGAUGCAUAUUGGGGUAAGACUGUCUGGGUGCAGCAGCCUUCUGGUCCCUUGAUCAAGCAGCACUUUGCUAGAAAUAAAGAUCAACUGAGUAAUGAAGGAUUGGAGUAACUGCAGUCCUUGAAGAAUGAGAAUUGUGCAAACAGAUAAUGCUCCAGCACUAGUCUUCCCUAACAGAAGACUGUAGUCCUCCAGGUGAAAGUUCAGAGAGACGGCUGCUUUACCCACCUUCUCUUCUGAUUUAAAGUCAAACAUCUUAGCUCCAUGAAUCAUUCCAGUAAUAUGUUCAAUUGCAAGAAAGGAGAUGGCCCAUGAAUUUCUUUCUUCACACAAGGAGAUUUUCAAGAUGGUGGCCACAUACAUCUGCAGUGGUAACAUCAAUGGGAAGGGAAUGACAGAGCGCAUUCAUAGUAUCAACCUUCACAACUUCAGCAACUCUGUGCUCGAAACACUAAAUGAGCAGCGAAACCGGGGGCAUUUCUGCGAUGUGACCGUCAGGAUCCAUGGGAGCAUGCUCAGAGCUCAUCGCUGUGUGUUGGCCGCUGGCAGCCCCUUCUUCCAAGACAAACUGCUUUUGGGCUACAGUGACAUUGAGAUUCCAUCUGUAGUCUCAGUGCAGUCUGUUCAGAAGUUAAUUGACUUCAUGUACAGUGGAGUGCUCCGGGUGUCCCAAAGCGAAGCCUUACAAAUCCUCACAGCAGCCAGCAUACUGCAGAUCAAAACAGUUAUUGAUGAAUGCACCCGCAUUGUCUCUCAAACAGUGGUGAGUAGUGGUUACUCUACAACAAGGGACUCAAACCAAGUAACACCACGAGGAACACCGGAAUCUGGUUCAUCAGGGCAGAGUAGUGAUACUGAAUCUGGCUAUGUACAAGCCCACUCCCAGCAUAAUGUUGAAAGAAUUUAUUCCUCCCUUUAUGCCUGCUCUGGAAUGCCAGUACAAAAUGGCACCGGAGAUAGAUCCCUUUAUAGUGCACCAGUGGUCAGCCAUCACAGCACACAACUAGUUAUGCAGAGAGAAGAGAAUCUAAAUGAUCCAGCAUGGAUAACAAGAAUACAAGAACGGACACAGCAGAUGGAGAGAUAUCUUUCCACGCCAGAAACAACACACUGCCGCAAACAACCACGGCCAGUUCGUAUCCAGACCAUAGCAGGCAAUGUUCACAUCAAGCAGGAGGCUGAAGAUGAAUAUGAUUAUGAUUACUACGGGCAGCAGAAAAGAAACACUUCAGAGCAAAAUGAAUCCGAAGAGUGCAAUGAGGAUACUGACCAAGCUGAGGGUACCGAGAGUGAGCCAAAAGGAGAAAGCUUUGACUCUGGUGUUAGCUCUUCCAAUGGGACUGAAACUGAUCCAAUAGACCAACAGUUCAUUGCUGGCAUGAGCAGAGGGGGACAAUCAGAUAUAAGACCAGCUGAGCAGAAUGAGCUUCCUGCUGAAGACAGCCAGCAGCCCAGCAGCAUGAAUCCUUCUUCCCCAGAUAGGGCUUAUGAAACUGAAAUGGACACCACAGGGCCUCAAAGCAGUGAUGGAAACAUUGCAAGUGAAAAAGAAUUGCAGCAAGCUGCAAUGAAUUCUGUGAUUUCAGUGACACAAAACACUCAGCCACUGGCAACUACCCAGCUUUAUCUGAGGCAAUCAGACACCCUUGCCACCAAUUUGAGAAUGCCACUGACCUUAACCAGCACUACUCCAGUCAUCGGCACUGCUGGGAGUACGUACAUACCAACACUUUUCACCACUCAGAGCACUACCAGUGGCAAACUGUUUCAGUUCACUUUGCCACAACCACUGACAAGCCAACAGACACAAUUUAUCACAGUUCCUCAACCCAAUAUUACAAAUUUUACUACACAGUUGCACCCCCAACAAUCUCAGUCAACAAUGCAGGGUACAAGUGGACAAACUGAAAAGAAACCCUAUGAAUGCACUCUUUGUAAUAAAACCUUCACUGCAAAACAAAAUUAUGUGAAACACAUGUUUGUCCAUACAGGGGAGAAGCCACAUCAGUGCAGCAUUUGUUGGCGAUCUUUUUCACUGAAGGAUUAUCUGAUUAAACACAUGGUGACACACACUGGUGUGAGAGCCUAUCAGUGUAGUAUCUGCAACAAGAGAUUCACCCAAAAGAGCUCCCUCAACGUCCACAUGCGGCUUCACCGUGGUGAAAAAUCCUACGAGUGCUACGUCUGCAAAAAGAAGUUCUCCCACAAGACCCUACUGGAGAGGCACAUGGCACUCCAUGGCACUGGCUGCUCUGAGGUGACUACAUAUGUCUGCUCUGUCUGCCCAGCCAAGUUCGACCAAAUCGAACAGUUCAACGACCAUAUGAGAAUGCACGUUUCUGAUGGUUAAGGAUCUAUUCUAAGAACAAAUUUGGAAUUAAUUUAAAAAAAAACAGAAAUUUUUAAAACAAAAAGCGCUGGCACAUUAUUACCAGCAGCAAGAUGUUCAAGAAUUCUUCAGGAUGGUGGCCUUAAUGCCUGUUAUUGUGUGUGCUCCACUGGCUGGAUGACCACUACAGGCCUCAAGAUUUUUUCCUCUCAUUCAGCUCUCGUUUAUUGCUAGCGUGUUGAACACUACAAAGGCCUACUAUCUCUACAGAUCUAAUCCAGUGUUGCAUUAUCUAAGGUGGAAAUUUUCUUUGAGAUCAUUACACAGCAUGAAGUCCAGUAAACUGUGGUAUGCAACAUCUUUUGAAGUACAAUACUUGGUAUGUAUUGACAUUUCUGUGUUAAGAUGGUCACGAAAUUUGCCUUUUACCGAAGAUGACUUUGUAUGUAUAGUGGUUGUAAUGACACUGGCAGAUAUUUAUUAUUUACCUGCUGUGGACAGGUCACUUACACAGAGGGGUUUCAUUUUGAAAAUUAUAAGGUU